UAGAUGCUUUUGUGGGCCGCCAAUUCACAAGGCGCAGAAAUAGGAAAGAGGAGAUAAGUCAGGAAUAGUUUCUGUUUUAUCAGUUCCUAAAUAAUAGGUUAGUUCCUUUUUAUGUGGCUAAAUAGUAGCAGUUCCUAAAUAAUAGGUUAGUUCCUUUUUAUGUGGCUAAAUAAUAGCAGUAGAUAUGUCUAUCCUGAGACCGCCUAUGGCUAUAAAGGCGGCUGGGCAUCAGCUGUAAGAAUCAACCAGGAAUAAGAUCUCCCUUUUGUUUGGGCGAGAACACCUGGGAUCAUCCUGGCCAGGCACGACGCCGGCGCAGGAGAUCUGGAUGAUCAGCGCCCUCUUCUUCCAUACACCUUGCGCCACUCCAAUCUCCCUCUCCACUCCCCAUUGAAGGACACCAGGAAACCAAGGUUAUAGACUCACCAGCGAGGAGUCGGUAACAAUUUGGUAUCAGAUUCAGCAGACGCAGCGACAAUCAUGUCCGGCGUCAUGCCCGAUCCUGAAGACAAGAGCACAGAACAGAAGCUGGACUUCCUCAUGGACGCAAUGAACAGGAUGUUGGGUCAGCUGACAACCAUGAAUGGUCGGCUGGACACCCAUGAUCGUCGAUUGGCGCGGGUGGAAACGGUUCCACCCGGCGGCGUCCAGCUGGAGGAAAUCACGGAGAUUGACGACGGCGACGGACCACCACACCAGGGCGACCACAACAGCAACAAUGGUGGCCGUCAGGCCCCACGUCGCGGGCGUAGUGAUGGGGGCAGCGAAUUCUACAGCCGCCCGGAUCGUUAUGGCCGACCAGAUGGCUAUGGUCGCGGUCGGGGUCGUGACGACGAAGGUGGCAACCGUCCACCGCGACCCAACUUUCCAUCCUUCGACGGCGAAUCAGAUCCAUUGACAUGGAUCAACAAGUGCAACACCUAUUUCCGAGGGAUGCGAACCAUGGCAGAAGAAAAAGUUUGGCUAGCAUCAUUACACUUGGAGGGAGCAGCAGCCGAGUGGUACUAUGCACUGGAACGUGAUCAUGGCAUUCUGUCGUGGGCACGAUUUGUUGACUACAUCCACAUGAGGUUUGGACCACCCAUCCGAUCCAAUGGCCUGGCAGAACUGAAAGCCCUUUAUAGGACAGGCACCGUGGAGGCAUAUCAGCGACAGUUUUCAGUCUUGCUUUGUCGCUGUGAUGACUUGUCUCCUAUGCAGCAGGUGAACAUGUUUACAGCAGGUCUUGGAGAUCCCCUACGCACCGAUGUCGAGCUGUUGGCCCCGACAAACCUGCAGACCGCAAUGAGUCUGGCCUGUGCUUAUGAGCGCAAGGAGGAGAACAUUGCAGCACUCAGAGAUAGACAAAGUCACCGGAACCUGUCCGCCAUCAAAGGGACUGGUUCAGGACCGGGGGCCAGGCCGGCUGCUCCAAAUCGGCCGUGUUUCAGACGUCUAACACCAGAAGAAUUAGCAGCGAAACGGGCAAGUGGAGAAUGUUACCACUGCAACGAGAAGUACUCGGCUGAUCACAAGUGCACCGCAAAGGGGGUAUUCUUGCUGGAAAUGGACGACGACAUGGAGGAAGAUACUGCAGCGGAAGACCUGGGCAUUUCUCUUCAUGCCCUCACGGGCAUUGACAUCAGCAGCACCAUGAAGCUCCAGGUCAGGGUCAAGGAUCGGACAUUGGUGGCGCUGGUGGACACAGGCUCUACCCACACAUUCAUACGGGAAGCUGUGGCCACCCAGCUGGGCCUCCAAGUCACACCAAGACCGGGUCUCUCCGUCAAGGUAGCAAACGGGGACAACGUCGCCAGCAGCGGGAUAUAUUCCAAGCUCCGAAUUACUAUUGCCGAGGAGACCUUCCACAUCACCUGCUACGGUCUUCCUCUGGCCGGCUUUGACAUUGUCCUGGGGGUCCAGUGGCUUCGGUCAUUGGGACCCAUAUUGUGGAACUUCAACGCCUUAUCCAUGGAGUUCUGGCGCCUGGGACGCAAUGUGCGUUGGGUAGGACUGGGUGCGCCACAUACUCAGUGCGCAGCCCUGUCUGAACCCCGCGAACUACUACAGGCAUUACUGCAGUCCUACGCCGACAUCUUCGCUGAACCACGUGGCCUUCCGCCACCUCGGCGUCACGACCAUCACAUCAGGCUGCUGCCAGGGACGCCACCAGCUGCAGUUCGGCCCUACAGAUACCCCCAAUUGUUGAAAGACGAGAUCGAGCGCCAGUGCGAAGACAUGUUGCAGCAAGGCAUCAUUCGGGAGUGCACAUCGGCCUACUCUUCUCCAGUGUUACUUGUGAAGAAAGCUGAUAAAUCCUGGCGUUUCUGCAUUGACUAUCGGGCCCUCAAUACCAAAACAGUCAAGGACAAGUUUCCCAUUCCGGUGGUCGACGAACUCUUGGAUGAGUUACACGGUGCCUGCUUCUUCACAAAGUUGGACCUCCGCAGUGGAUAUCACCAAGUACGCAUGCACCCAGAUGAUAUUGAGAAGACAGCGUUUCGCACUCAUCGAGGUCACUUCGAGUUUCUAGUCAUGCCCUUCGGCCUCACCAACGCACCGUCCACAUUUCAGGCCCUCAUGAAUGAUGUCCUGAAACCCUUCAUCCGGAAGUUUGUCCUGGUCUUCUUCGAUGAUAUUCUAGUAUUUAGCUCUUCCUGGGCAGCGCACUUACAACAUGUCAGGGAAGUAUUUACAGCACUCCGAGCAAACAAGUUAUCAGUCAAACAGUCCAAGUGUUCGUUUGGCAAAACAUCAGUCGCUUACUUGGGUCAUGUUAUUUCAGCUCAGGGCGUUUCUAUGGAUUUGGAUAAGGUGGCAGCAGUAGAAGUUUGGCCGCGCCCUCGGUCUAUUCGGGCACUUCGAGGUUUCUUGGGUCUCACUGGCUAUUACCGCAAGUUUAUAGCGGAUUAUGGGACCAUAGCUGCACCCCUCACGGCUCUUCUCAAGCGUGUGAGGCGUUCCGUUGGUCGGAAAGGGCAGAGGAGGCAUUUCUUCAACUCAAGCAAGCCCUUAUAUCAGCACCACUGUUACAGAUGCCGGAUUUUUCUAAACAGUUUAUAGUGGACUGUGAUGCAUCAGGGACUGGUUUUGGAGCAGUCCUUCAUCAAGGAGAUGGGGCCAUUGCAUAUUUCAGUCGUGUUGUAGCACCACACCAUCAGAAAUUACCAGCAUAUGAGCGGGAAUUGAUUGGUUUAGUCAAAGCAGUGAGGAAUUGGAGACCAUAUUUAUGGGGAAGAACUUUUCUGGUACGGACAGAUCACUAUAGCCUUAAAUUCCUCCUGGAUCAACGGUUGUCUACAAUACCGCAACAUACAUGGGUCAGCAAAUUGUUUGGAUAUGAUCUGUCAGUGGAGUAUAGGCCGGGCAAAUUGAAUGGUGCAGCAGAUGCCUUGUCUCGACGCGACGAAGACACCGCAGAAAUUAACAGCAUCUCAGCACCACAUUUUCAGCUGUUUGACACCCUUCGCAAUGAAGCUGCCACCGACCCACAGGUCUUAAGCUUGCGAGCUGCCAUUACAGCGGGAACUGCAAAAUCAGGAUGGACGGAAGCUGAUGGUCUGCUACUAUUUCAAGGGAAGGUCUUCAUUCCGGACGCUUCAGCAGUUUGGACAGAAAUACUGGCAGCAGCACACAAUUGUGGUCACGAGGGCAUUGAGAAGACUGUACAUCGAUGGAGAGCAUCCUUCUACAGCCCACAAGCCUUACGACGGGUCAGAGAAUUUGUGCAAGCAUGCGCCACUUGCCAACGGAAUAAAACUGAGCAUCUACAUCCAGCAGGUCUGCUGCAACCCCUGCCGGUACCAUCGGAAAUUUGGAACGACAUCUCCAUGGACUUUGUUGAAGGAUUUCCUAAGGUUGGUGGCAAGACAGUGGUAUUAACAGUGGUCGACAGGUUCUCUAAGUUUGCCCACUUUAUUCCUCUUGGCCAUCCAUAUACCGCAGUGACCGUGGCUAGGGCAUUUUUCGAAGGGAUUGUGCGCCUUCAUGGUAUUCCGUGCUCAAUUGUAAGUGAUAGAGAUACAGUGUUUACUAGUGCCUUCUGGUCCGAGCUUUUUCACCUUGCUAGGGUCAAGUUGUUACUUAGUUCCGCGUUUCACCCCCAGACCGAUGGACAGUCGGAAGUGGUUAACAGAAUUAUUGUGAUGUACUUACGCUGCUUGGCAGGUGAUCGACCAAAAACUUGGUUACAAUGGCUUCCAUGGGCUGAAUUUUGUUACAAUACGUCAUACCAGACUGCGGUCAAGUGCACUCCAUUCAGGAUUGUAUAUGGCCGGGACCCUCCAACAAUGCUUUCUUAUACACCUGGGACAGCCAGAGUAGCUGCCGUCGAUCAGCAACUUCAGGAUCGAGAUGUUUUCUUGGCAGACAUCAAACAAAGGCUAAUCCAAGCUCAGGUAACAAUGAAGCAGGCGCAGGACAGUGGCCGUCGAGAUGUGCAGUAUGCUGUCGGCGAUUGGGUUUGGCUGCGUCUGCACCAAAGGUCGACAGUGGGUGUCACGCCAGCAGCAACAUCCAAAUUAGGACCUAAGUUCUAUGGGUCAUAUCAAAUUCUGCAACGCAUUGGAGAGGUCGCCUAUAAGCUACAGCUGCCAACCAAUGCAAGAAUCCAUGAUGUUUUCAUGUGGCACUUCUCAAGAAAUUCCAAGGGGAGCCCCCAUCCGCACUAGUACUCUUACCAACGAUUCUGCAUGGCAAGGUACUUCCGGUUCCAGCACAAGUAGUGAAGGCUCGUUUAAAUAGAGGUGUUUGGGAGUUACUGGUCCAGUGGCUUGGACGUGAGCCGGCUGAUGCUACAUGGGAACAAUGUAAUGAGUUCAAGAGAAGAUAUCCAGAAAUACAACUCGAGGACGAGUUGUUUGUCGGAGAGGAGGGAAAUGUUAUAGAUGCUUUUGUGGGCCGCCAAUUCACAAGGCGCAGAAAUAGGAAAGAGGAGAUAAGUCAGGAAUAGUUUCUGUUUUAUCAGUUCCUAAAUAAUAGGUUAGUUCCUUUUUAUGUGGCUAAAUAGUAGCAGUUCCUAAAUAAUAGGUUAGUUCCUUUUUA